GUUCAUUAGUAUUUCUAUUUUUGAACACAGAAACAACUAUAUAUGCUUUAGUGGAAUAGUUCAAAACAAGUGAAUAUUAGUUGAAUAGUUCAAACUUCAAAGGUUUGGGAUAGAUUGAUAUUAGCAUAUUUAGCUAGACCCAUGGUGUGAGAAAAAGUGGGCUAUACAUUACCACCCUUGGCAAUUGGUAUGUGUAGCUAGACAAAAGGGUGUGCUAUAAAUAUAACUCCAAUCUCUGUGCUUCAAAUCACAACAUAUUCUCUGCUUCUUAUUAUCACAUAAAGCAUUCUCUAUUCUCUUUUCUCCUAAAAAUCUGUCUUUCAAUUCAGACAUGGAACUUAAUUUCAAGCACCAACUUGGCCUUAUUUGUGUCAUACUGAUAUUUCCAGCAUUGUGUAGCGGCAAGGAGUAUUAUACUAAAUCCAGAGCAGCAUAUUAUGGCACCUCAGAUGGCUAUGGAAAUCCAAGAGGAGCUUGUGGGUUUGGAGGCUAUGGAAGAACAGUCAAUGAUGGCAAUGUGGCAGCCGUGUCUGCUAAGCUAUGGAAAAAUGGAGGUGGUUGCGGUGCAUGUUAUCAGGUAAGGUGUAAAAUACCACUAUACUGUGAUUACAAUGGAGCAUAUGUGGUGGCAACAGAUUCUGGUGAGGGAGAUAGAACAGACUUCAUCUUGAGUCAUCACGCCUUCUCAAAGUUAGGACGAAACAAAAAUGCAUCUGAAGCGCUGAAGAAAUACGGUGUGCUAGAUGUUGAAUACAAAAGGGUCCCCUGCACAUUCAAGGGAAACAACAUCGUAUUUCAGAUCAAUGAACACAGCAGUAACCCCGGUUACUUUGCUAUCGUGAUUCUCUAUGUUGGAGGAACAUCAGAUAUCACUUCUGUUGAGAUUUUGAGGAAAGAGUACCGCAAAUGGGAGCCUCUACGAAGGGUUUAUGGUGCAGUGUUUGACAUUGCUAACCCACCAACAGGUGAAAUCCGGUUGAAGUUCCUAGUGAGUGAUGGUAGUGCUGGGUUUCAUUGGGUGCAGCCAAAGAUUGCAAUCCCUGCAAAUUGGAAGGCUGGAGCUACUUAUUCCGCCAAGUUAGCUUAA